AUGGACGACUACAUCGACAGCCUGCCCGACGAGGCGACAGCGAUCGACAUGGUAAGGAAUGUCAGUGACAUCCACAGGGCGGGCGGCUUUGAAAUAAGAAAUUGGACGAGCAACAGCGUCGCAGUUUUAAACAACGUGCCAAAGGAGACCUUAGGUACCGCUGCUGUAAGGUUCAAAGUCGGCCAGCAACAUGAAAGCGAGCGUACCUUGGGUCUCAUUUGGUACCCGGCGGAUGACAUAUUGGGCUUCGAUUUGUCAUUAAAACGUAUACCGAACGACGUCCUUGAAGGUGAGAAUAGGCCUACAAAGCGUAUAAUGCUAAGAGUAAUUAUGUCUAUAUUUGAUGUACUAGGUUUCUUAGCACCCUUCACGAUUCAAGGCCGAAUCAUGCUUCAAGAGGCUUGGCGCUUACAGGUGGAUUGGGAGGAUUACAUUCCAGACCAGAUAUAUCUAAAGUGGCGAAAGUGGGUUGACCUUCUAAAGGUAAUUAAAGAUAUCCGUAUACCUAGGUGGUACUGCACAGCCGCGCGCAAUGCGGUAAGGGACAGCCAAACAGCGACAGCGUGUGCGAGCGAAAUGCAAGAUUGUGUGGAUAUCGAGGCAGAGGUACCUACCUCGCCCCCCGCGACCCACGCGCCUACGCACAGUGCUACGAAAGGCUACGACGGCGUAGCGGCAUCUACAUGUGCUACGACCGCAUCGAGUAGUAAGUACUCAUACUAUAAUAAUUUACAGAUGCAUUUGUUAAGCGAUGCAUCUACUCAGGCGAUGUCAGCUGUGGGCUAUUGGCGCUGGGAGGAUAACGGUACUAUUUAUGUUGCAUUUAUUGCAAGCAAAAGCAGAGUUAUGCCGGUAAAACAGCUGACUAUACCAAAGGCUGAGCUGCAAGCUGCAUUGUUGUCGGCAAGACUCGCCAAUGCAAUUGGAAAGGAGCACAAACUGACGCCUAUAAGGCGUUACUUUUGGUGCUUCUCAACUGUGAUACAUUGGAUUCGCAAUAAAAAUCGUACGUAUAAGGCCUUUGAAGCAAAUCGUUUGGGAGAGAUUGACGACCUUACCCGCGUUGACGAGUGGCGGUACAUUUCUACGAAACUAAAUGUUGCCGAUUUAGCCACGCGGGACUCGUUUGAUCUAGCCCUACAAAAUGAGUGGUUCAAAGGUCCUUCUUUUUUAUACGCUGACGAAACUGAAUGGCCUAAAGAUAUUAUACCUACAAGUAACGAGGAGACAGGGGAAUGCGUAGCAGUCGUCCAGAUGCGCGAGGAACCUGCAUGCAUUCCAGUGCCGGACCCACAGCGCUUCUCUUCGUGGCUUCGUCUCACCCGCGCCACGGCCACAGUGCUAAAGUUCAUCGCCAGGUGCAAAGGUCAAGCGGCCGAGAUCGACUGUGCUAUGAUGGAGCGUGCCGAGAUAUUUUUACUAAAACACGCGCAAAAAGAGUCUUUUGGGGAAGACUUAGCCAGAAUUAAGGCGCAAGGGGCUUUACAUCGCGCAAGUAAGCUAUUAAAAUUAUCACCUAUUUUAGAUGAACAUGACCUACUUCGCGUGGGCGGGCGCAUUGACGCCGCAUCAGAUGUGCCUCUGGACGUCAAGAGACCCGUAAUCCUGGACGGCCGUCAUCAGGUAGCACGACUAAUCGUCCGACAUUACCAUGUGAAAGCGGCCCAUGGAAGUCAGGAGAUGGUGGUUAACGAAAUAAAGCAAAGGUAUUGGGUAAUUAAACUUAGACCUACUGUUAAACUCGUGACGUCAAGGUGCAUGUUGUGCAGGAUAAUGAAGAGCAGACCUCAGGUACCUCGCAUGGGAGAUCUGCCAGGGGCCAGAAUAGAACACCAUCAGCGACCCUUUUUUCACUGUGGUUUGGACCUUUUUGGGCCAAUGGAGGUCGCGGUGGGUCGCCGCAGAGAGAAAAGGUAUGGUGUUCUAUUCACAUGCCUCACAGUGCGGGCGAUUCAUAUCGAGUUAGUUGCCUCCCUUACAACUGACUCGCUCAUCAUGGCGUUGCGACGAAUGGCGGCACGGCGCGGCUGGCCGCGCCAUCUGUAUUCGGACAAUGGAACUAAUCUGAGGGGCGCCGACACAGAGCUGCGCCGGUCGAUGGAGGCGCUAGAUAUGGACGUGCUAAAAGCUGAGGGGGUUAACAACAACAUGGACUGGACUUUUAUCCCCCCGCCAGCCCCCAUUGGGGUGGGGCGUGGGAGCGAUUAA